UAUNUGCUUAACAAUGCUGUCGAAUUUUACAAACAACAACUAGAAGCAUAUCGAGCAAAUAGUAAUAACAAUAACCAAAGUGUACCCACAAGACCAGUUCUUGAAGAGUUCAUACCCUUAAGGAACCAACCCGAAAAACCUAAUAUCAAAGGAAAUAAUUGGAUGACGACCACUCAGCUUUGGAGCGAAUCCGAAACCAAACCAAAAAACAUUGAUUCAACCGCUGAUCAAUCUCUUCACAAAGAUGAGAUUGCCAGUAGUCCAAAACUUGGUCAUUUCGACGCGAAACAAAGAAAUGGAAACGGCGCUUUUCUUCCCUUCUCUAAGGAACAUUCUUUGCCUGAAUUAGCUCUAUCUACGGAGGUCAAGAGGGUCUCUCCAACCAGCGAACAUACUAAUGGUCAUGACGGUAAUGAUGAGAGCAUGAUCAACAAUGAUACUAACAAUAAUAAUAACAAUUCGAACAACAAUGGAGUUUCUUCUACAACGAGUCAAAGUAAUAGAAAGGCACGACGUUGCUGGUCGCCCGACUUGCACCGAAGAUUUGUCCAAGCUCUUCAAAUGCUUGGUGGGUCGCAAGUGGCUACACCAAAACAGAUAAGGGAACUUAUGAAAGUUGAUGGUUUGACCAACGAUGAAGUUAAAAGCCAUCUCCAGAAGUAUCGGCUUCACACUAGAAGACCAAGCCCAAGCCCACAAACGUCGGGUGGACCAGGUCCUCAUUUGGUCGUCUUAGGUGGCAUAUGGGUCCCACCGGAGUACACCACCGCACACGGUGGCACUCCGACUCUCUACCACCACCAAGUUCAUCACCAUCACACCAGCACGGCGGGGCCGCCUCCACCACACUUCUGCUCGUCCCAAGAAUUUUACACAACUCCACCGCCUCCGCAGUCACUCCACCACCACCACUUUCAAACGUUUAACGGCUCAUCCGGUGCCGCCUCCACUGACUCAACUCAUAAUCAGUUAACGCAUAGUGCCGCAGAUGAAGAGAAGUCGCCGGAGAGUGGUGGUGGAGAGAAAAAAGGGUUGGCUGCUCUUAGGGAAGAAGGUGAAGACCAAAGCAAUGUUAAUGGAAGUGAAAUAACUCUAAAAUUCUAAAAAACAAAUUCGUGAUCGUUAAUUAAUUAGAGGAAUGAGAUCCUAGGGUUAGGGUUUGUGGGUGGCUACGUAACGUAUUAUAUUGCUUGUAUCUCUCUAUAUAUACUUCUCAUCAGUAGAAAAAACGAAUCGUAGGAGGCAGCGAGUGUUUUUCUCGAAUAUUGUUAAUUAUUAUAAUUAAUCUGUUGUUGAAUAAUUUGUCAUUUAGAAAAUUCAUUAUGACCAUAAUAAGAAAAGAAGAUGUAUCCAAC